AAAUACAUAACACGGAUCCACGGUGCCGAGCUACUGCAGUUCCAGCUGAUCGGAAAUGGCAGCGUUGCGAGUAUUUACCAUUUCACGGCUGGUGCCCCAAGAUUUGCUGAGGGGCAGCAGGCCUCUGCUCGUGAGCAGCCGUCGCAGCAACUACAAGGAUGUGUCCAUGCCAGAGCCUGACAUGAGCUAUGGCGCCAUCACAGAGAGAGCUGCCACAACCAUCUUCUGGACUGAGUUGGCUCGUGGCUUUGCCGUCACUCUUGGCACAAUGUUUAAAGAGCCUUGCACCAUCAAUUAUCCUUUUGAGAAGGGUCCUCUAAGCCCUAGGUUCAGAGGGGAGCACGCACUCCGUCGCUAUCCAACAGGAGAGGAGCGCUGCAUUGCCUGCAAGCUAUGCGAGGCCAUCUGCCCUGCUCAGGCAAUAACCAUUGAGGCGGAGGAGCGGGAGGAUGGCGCUCGCAGGACCACGCGCUACGACAUCGACAUGACCAAGUGUAUUUAUUGUGGCUUCUGCCAAGAGGCCUGUCCUGUCGACGCCAUUGUUGAGGGACCCAAUUUUGAGUUCACGACCGAGACGCACGAAGAGCUGCUCUACAACAAAGAGAAGCUCCUGAGCAUCGGCGACAAAUGGGAACCUGAGAUCGCAGCCAACAUCCAGGCCGACUACCUCUACCGAUAGUAGCCGCUCGUUAAUGUGUACAUAGUUGUGAGGCUGACAGCGAUCUCGUGCAAGACAUGAACAGUUCAAUUUGUUGCCACCACGGGCUAGCCGCAGGACAACAAAACUGAACUUUUUCUACCAAAUCAGCCGAGUACGAGGCGGGAAUUUUGUUCUGAGGCGUUAAUAAUUAUAGGUUACAAUGACCUAAUUUAUGUUAUUCUCUAUAAGUUCUGUGAACGCCUAGUGAUUAAGCUGAUGUAUUUACUUUUGAACUUGCAGGUUAUGGGAAAAAAUGCGUUAGGUUGAACUAUCGUUUCACGUUCAAGAAUAUAUCCAUAGAUAAAUGACAGAGAAGCAAUUAAAAGAGUUCUUAUUCAAGCAGAGAGAAAUUUUGCUGCAUCUACGAAGACCCUCGCGGGUGUAACAUGAAACCAGGUGUAUAGAUAAAUUGCCCGACAUUAUUAACUUCUAUCACUUGUAUUCAAAUUACAUGCCGAAUUCAGCGGCAUACGUAAGGUGAAUAAAAUAUCUGCAAACA